AUGGAUCGAACACUGGCAAAUACAUUUGACUCGUUUUCCUUCAACCCCUUGAGCUCUAGGAGCUUUGCCACCUCGAGUGGAGGUUACGCUGGUGGAACCUCAAGUGGGGGUUACACCGGUUCUCACACCGAGGAAACUGACCCAAAUUUCUAUCCUUCAACAAUUGACGAUCAGGGAUUCGGAGGAAAAUCUCGCCAGACUCUGAUCAACGCCUCCACCUUUUCGGGAUCGCUGAUCCAGGCCCUGCCAGCGUGGACCCUGCCCCAGUCGGUGUCUGACAUCUUUGACACGGCCCACAAGAUCCUGAAGGGCUCUUUUGGAGGUAAUUCUGGCCAACAGUCUACACUUAUGAGCCCUUUGAUCCCGAAUCCAAAACAGUUCCAGAACAUCUAUCCUGUUCAGAGACUGUUGUCUAUUACAGGGCUCCACGGAUCUGAGCUGUUUGACAAUGGAACGGCAUUCUCUUCUGUUCCUCGGCAAAGGGCUGACUCGUUCGGUAUUCAGCAUACAAAAAACAAGUCCUUGAGUGUGGAGAAUGUAGAUUCCAUCAAGAAGAAGGAUUCUCGCAUGAAGUACACUUCUCAAAGCUUCACUCCAAAUUUUGAUGCUAGAGAGGCGAGUGAGUCGUUUCUUCCCACAUCUGUGGCGAUGAACCCUUCUUCAGACAAACAUGAGUCAACGAACGCUGAAUCCAGCUCUUUUGAGAAGGUACAAGCCUUGAAAGCAGAGCUUGCUUUCCAGACAGAGUUGAAUAAGUCGGUGACUGAGAGGUUGAAGCAGUUCAAGCUUAACAAAGGGCAAGCGUCCACAGGAAGCUAUAAGGAUGCUCUGUCAAUUACAAUGCCUCGGAAAUUCCAUCAAUUAUUUAAGGACCUCACAAAGACCUUGAACGAGAGAACAGCCGAUUUGGAGGACACUAAGUCGAGGUUGGAAGCCAUCAUUGUGGCGUUAGUGAUGAACAAAGGCAGCGAUAUCACCGAAAAUGGUACUUUUGACGCACAAGAAAUGGCUCACAGACUCACCACAAAGCUCGCCGUUUUGCUGGCAGAGAACGAAGCCUUGAGGAGAAUGGUGAGUUAUAGCAACAAGCAGACCCUUCUUGUCGAGGUGAGGAUGUUGCGUGAAGAAAACGCAAUGUUGAAGAGAUCCAUGGAGAGAUCACAACAGCAGGGAAAAAAUUCCUAA